AUGGCAGUCAGACUGUGUGAUGUGGCUUCUCUGCUUAGAAGUGGUUCGUGGGCAGCAGAGCCUUGGACUGGGCAGGUAAUUGCUGCCAUGGAAACACAACUGUCUAAUGGGCCAACUUGCAAUAACACAGCCAAUGGUCCAACCACCAUAAACAACAACUGCUCAUCACCUGUUGACUCUGGGAACACAGAGGACAGCAAGACCAACUUAAUAGUCAACUACCUUCCUCAGAACAUGACACAGGAGGAACUAAAGAGUCUUUUUGGAAGCAUUGGUGAGAUAGAGUCCUGUAAGCUUGUAAGAGACAAAAUUACAGGACAGAGCUUGGGAUAUGGCUUUGUGAACUACAUUGACCCUAAGGAUGCAGAGAAAGCUAUCAACACGCUGAAUGGAUUGAGACUUCAAACCAAAACAAUAAAAGUUUCCUAUGCUCGCCCAAGUUCAGCUUCUAUCAGAGAUGCAAAUUUGUAUGUCAGCGGACUUCCGAAGACAAUGACCCAGAAGGAGUUGGAACAGCUUUUUUCACAAUACGGACGCAUUAUUACUUCCCGUAUUCUUGUUGACCAAGUCACUGGCAUAUCAAGGGGUGUAGGGUUUAUUCGAUUUGACAAGCGGAUUGAGGCAGAAGAAGCUAUCAAAGGCCUAAAUGGCCAGAAACCUCCUGGUGCCACAGAGCCAAUCACUGUAAAGUUUGCUAAUAAUCCAAGCCAAAAAACCAAUCAGGCCAUCCUUUCCCAGCUGUACCAGUCUCCAAACAGAAGGUACCCAGGACCGCUAGCUCAGCAGGCACAGCGUUUUAGGUUGGACAAUCUGCUCAAUAUGGCUUAUGGAGUAAAGAGUAGGUUUUCUCCAAUGACCAUUGAUGGAAUGACCAGUUUGGCUGGAAUUAAUAUCCCUGGGCACCCAGGAACAGGGUGGUGUAUUUUUGUGUACAACCUGGCUCCCGACGCGGAUGAGAGUAUCCUGUGGCAAAUGUUUGGGCCUUUUGGAGCUGUCACCAACGUGAAGGUCAUCCGUGACUUUAACACCAAUAAAUGCAAAGGUUUUGGAUUUGUGACUAUGACAAACUAUGAUGAGGCCGCCAUGGCGAUAGCUAGCCUCAAUGGAUACCGUCUGGGAGACAGAGUACUGCAGGUCUCCUUUAAAACAAACAAAACGCACAAAGCCUAAUGAGCUCUUGUCCUCAGUCCAUUUAUAUAUGAAAACUAUACAACAAAGGCAAGUUAAGAGAAACUUUAUACAUUAGUAAAUGUCUUUGUAAGUCAGUGUUGAGAUGGGGAUAAAAUG